GCCAUUGCGAACUACUUUGCCAAGGAGUUCAACAAAGUCAAACCAAGGGAGGCCAAGUCGAUACACUUCCUGGAUGUGAAACUUGUUCAGGCAGAAGCUCACGACGGCUCCCCCCUGUUCUACACAAUCGAGGACAUCUUUCCUAAGUACGAGUUCAAGAAGUUCAAUAGCAACUUCGGCUUCGUCAACCGGGUGGACUUCACCUCGACCCUGAACGCCUUCUCUCACUGGACUUACGACCACACCCAGCACUACCUGAUGGUGGUGGACCUGCAGGGGAUCCUGCACGACGAGCGCUACGUCCUGACCGAC